GAUGGUGGCCAUAUUUCCCUAUUUGGACACAACAUGGUGUGUUGCAACCAAAUGGACCCGACACAUGGGCUUUUGUAUAACCUAUACAUCAUUGCUGAUGAAGACUUGGAGGGUCUCCUUAACGUAUCGCGUCAAAUCGGCCCACAAAGUCAAACUUACCGAUCAACAAUUGCUACAGUGGAUGGUACCCAUUCUAUUGGUAAUGCUUAUCUAUUUGGGUACAUGGACUAUAAGUGAUACUCCCUAUGCCGUUUAUAUUAAUGACCAACAUGGUCUCAAAUUCAAGCAAUGCUCAUAUAAUUGGUGGGAUCAUAGCUUGGCUAUUGGUGAAGUUCUUUUCUUAGCCUGGGGCAUACGUGUCUGUUAUAAUGUCCGCAAUGCGGAAUCAUUAUACAAUGAGGCUCGUCUCAUUUCGUAUGCCAUUUAUAAUAUUGCCAUUGUUAACUUGUCAAUGGUGGCACUACACAUUUUAAUAUAUCCCGAAGCUGGUCCCGAUAUCAAAUACACCUUGGGUUUUAUACGAACUCAGCUAUCGACUACCACAACCAUUGCUUUGGUAUUUGGACCUAAAAUAUCGCGAAUCUUCAAGGGGCAAGGUGAUAAAUGGGAUCAAAAGGCCAAGGUGAGAAGUAUAACAGCAUCGUUUUCGCUUAACGGUGUGGGACUGGUGCCAGAUGAAUCACCUGAUCUAUAUCAGGAAAAUGAGGAACUUAAGGAGCAAAUCCAAAAAUUAGCUCAUCAAAUUGAAUUUAUGAAGACUGUACAUAUGCAAAUCAAUAAUCGACAUUUGAAACCGAAACCCGGUGGCUAUUUCACCAUAACAUCAACAUCAUUCCAGGCCCCAUUCAGUAAAAAUAAUAUGUCUUCUACACAAACGCAAACCUCCAAGACCGGUAAUGAUGAUUCCCAGACCGGUUCCAUAAAUAAAGGUUUUCCCACCAACUUAACACCCUCAAAAACAAAAUCAAAAACAACCGAAAAAGUUUGACGAGGUCAACGAAGUGAAAAAGAUUGCUCAAAUGAAUUUUUUAUUUGGA